AACCUAUUGACGGCACAGUCCUUCCUCCCACCACAACACAGAUCAGCUGUUCGUCAAGAUGAGGCUGGUAAUCCUUGACAACUAUGAUGCUGUCAGUGUGUGGGCAGCAAAGUACAUACGGAGGAGAAUCCUGGCAUUUAAACCAGGGCCUGACAAAUUCUUCACCCUAGGGCUCCCCACAGGUAGUACACCUUUGGGUACAUACAGGAAACUAAUAGAGUACUAUAAAGCUGGGAACCUGUCCUUCAAGUAUGUCAAAACAUUCAACAUGGAUGAAUAUGUAGCAAUACCACGUGAUCAUCCAGAGAGCUACCACUCAUUCAUGUGGAACAACUUCUUUAAGCACAUCGACAUUGAUCCAGCAAAUGCCCACAUUCUCGACGGAAAUGCAGUAGAUGUCCAGAAGGAGUGUGAUGAUUAUGAGAAGAAGAUUGCAGAGGCUGGUGGGAUAGAACUUUUUAUAGGAGGUAUUGGACCUGAUGGCCACAUUGCCUUUAAUGAGCCAGGAUCCAGUCUGGUGUCAAGGACCAGGAUCAAGUCACUAGCUCAGGACACCAUUCUAGCUAAUGCCCGCUUCUUUGGAGGAGACUUAUCCAAGGUUCCUCACCAGGCACUGACUGUUGGGGUUGGUACUGUCAUGGAUGCUAGGGAGGUGAUGAUCCUGAUUACAGGAGCCCACAAGGCGUAUGCCCUCCACAAAGCCAUUGAGGAGGGUGUGAGUCACAUGUGGACAGUGUCCGCAUUCCAGCAGCACCCCCGCACCAUCUUCCUUUGUGACGAGGAUGCAACCCUUGAACUGAAGGUGAAGACGGUCAAGUAUUUCAAGGACAUCAUGAAAAUUCAUAACGAAAUGAUUGAAAGCACUGAAGAUCUGGAGGAAGAUGGAAAAUAAUUCCAGUAGCAUUAUCUUUUGAUUGUGUCAUUUGAAACAAUUGCAAUAUGAGAGAGGAAGUAUCAAUACUAGAAUGAGAGUGAAGUAUUUUUUCAAAUAUCACUUUUUUUGUUAAAUUUCAGUUGUGAAAUAGGAAAGAAUGGAUGUAUAGAAAAUUAUAAAACAGUAGACCUUCUAUAUCCAUAGUUGUAACUUCUCGGUUAUUAUCACUUUAAAGUAAAAUAAAACUUGUAAUUUGCUAUGAAUUAAUAAUUUGAUCAAGACUGGGAUUUCACAGAAUUCUAAUAUUAUUAACUGUAUGAACAAUCAUGCAGCAGUAAUUGUCAAGAUGACAACACUUCCUCAUCUUUCAAUACAACUUUUGUUAAAUAGUCUUUCCCUAGGCUAGGAAGAAGCGUGGAUGUGUAUAUGUUAGGAGAGAGAUAGACUUUAUGUACAUGUAUAACUAGUAUAGUUGUUUUAUCUAGUCCAAUCAAAUAUGGUCUGAGAAAUAUGAAUGUUAUGAGUGUUGUGAUUGCAGUACGAAAUAUUUUACUGACAACAUGCUUUAAUUCUGACGUAAACAUUCCUAUACAUUAUUUUUGAAAUGUAUAUAUUCUGCAUGUAAAAAUGUUUUCAUAGAAGAAAUCAAUACAAUGCCUAAAGUGAUACCAUCAGCAUUAAGGGCCAUGGCAUUACAACAUCCACAUGAUAUACACUACAAUUUAAUUGAAUCCUCAAAUAGCUAAUGCUGUUCGAAUGCUUCAUGGUGUUUCAAUUGGCUGAUUAAGUCGACACGAAAUGUUAUCAUAAUGUGAAAUGGAAAUUUUUAUCUCAUUUUAAAAUGCUUUUCUACACAAUAAAAUAAUAAAAAAUUUGCAGAAUCAAUUGAAAACAUAAGAAUCUUUUAUUUACAAUGUAUUAGUUGUAAUUAUAAUUAUCCAUUUAUUGUAUAUCUACAGUGUAUAAUAAUGUACAAUAUAUUAAUUAUGUUGCUGUAUACUUGGGAUAUUGUUGACUAUGUUUAAAGUGAAAACUUCCUGUCACACAGAGUUCAUUAUUCAUUUAUUAUGAAGAUAAAAUAAACAUAUUCUGCUGUAGAUACUGUAUUUUUUUAAGUCAAACGUACUAGAUCAGAAUCUCCUUAUUUUCUGUAUGUGGCUAUCAAAGAUCUCGUUUAAGAUUCCAGCGGAACGUGGGUUUCUAUACACUGUUGGUUAAUGGUGUUGUGUAUCAAUAGCAGCUGUAUUAAAACUGCUUGUUUUUAUGUACAGGUAUAUCAGAUCCCCAUGUAUAUAUUGUUGAUGCACAUCAUUUAAAUUCUGAUUAAUUAAUAUUUAGUCAUUUGUUCAGAAAUCCUUUAAUGUCUUAGGUAAUGAUCAUUAUUUAAUGUUUUUAUUGUUUUUAGAAGCAAGAUAAUUUAUAUAUGAUUGUACUUACAGUUCUGUCAUUAUUUUGUUGUAAAUUUGUAUGUAGAUAAAAUAGAGUAUAUCUAAGUUCAUAUAGUAGUGCAUUAGGUAUAUACAUAUAAGUACCUGUAUAAAAUAAAUACUGGCAUCUAGAAACAUAUUAAUCAUAAAUAAAAUAACAUUUCUUGCCAAACUAACAUUUAAAGCCAAAAGGUAUAUGCUGUAACAUAUAAUAUUCUGACGUUAACCUUGCCAGGAAAGUCUACACAGGUUUAAAAGCAAUACUAAGAAAUAGAAAAGAUGGGACCGACAGAAUUUAUUUGAAAAAGAAGAGAUUUUAAUUCCCUGGGAUCAGUAAUUUGACUGGUAGGCAUUUUUAGUACAUGACAAUUUCUUUUUUUAAGAUAAACUGCCAAAAAAUGACCACAAUUAUAUGAAGGAAGUAUAUAAAGACUGGUUAGGACAUAAAUUAUACAUUAUUGUACCUCCAAAAUCAUGCCUCUUUUAUGUUAGUAUUUUUAUUUUAAGUGAAUAUAUACAUAUAUAUAUAUAUAUAUUUGUGUUCUUGUUACAGUUUAGUUUGUUACGACAGGUACGUACGUAACUGUCCUGGACUGUGCGCUGAUUUCUUUGGUGCUGCGUUACUAAAGUUAUAUAGGAGCUAUAAUAAAUGUUAAUUGCUAA